AUGGGUUCGUUUAAUAAUGUUGUGUGUGACAACUGUGAAUUAUACUGUAAUGGUGAAUGGGGAGGUGGGGGGACGGGUCAGACCGACUCGUGGACUCAGACAGGAGAUCCUCUUUCUCCUUAUUUAUUUAUUAUCUGUGCUGAGGUACUUUCGAUGUUGUUGCAGAAAGAACAGAUGACAGGUUCUAUACAUGGAUGUAGAGUGGCCAGGGGUGCUCCCCCGGUGUCCCAUUUAUUCUUUGCGGAUGACAGCCUGCUUUUCUUUAAGGCAAAUAUCCAGGAGGCUACUGUGAUUAAAGAAUGUUUGAUGAGAUAUGAGAAACUAUCUGGACAGGUUGUGAAUGAUAACAAGUCAAAUAUAUGUUUUAGCCGUAAUACCCAACACAUGGCAAGAACACAGGUGGCGAGCUGCCUUCAGGUAGUGCAGGCGAGUAAUUUUGGAAAAUAUCUGGGUCUCCCAUCGUUUGUGGGUAGAAAUAAAAGAGCAGUUUUUUCCUAUGUGGAGGAAAAAAUCAGGCAGAGAAUUGGAUCGUGGAACACAAAAUUAUUGUCUCAGGCUGGUAAGGAAGUUUUAUUGAAAAGUGUGGCCCAAUCUAUGCCAACUUUUUCCAUGAGUGUUUUUUUGCUACCUGAAACAGUUUGUCAAUCCAUUGAGAGGGCCAUGAAUAGAUACUGGUGGGGAAGUGGCAGGGAUAAGGCGAUUCACUGGAAAGCAUGGGAUAAGUUAUGUAUCCCCAAGAAGUUUGGUUGUUUGGGUUUCAAGGAGUUGAGGGCUUUUAAUUUAGCUAUGCUGGGCAAGCAAGUAUGGCGCUUUUUGACAAAUCCAGAGUCUCUGGUGGCAAGAAUAUAUAAAGUCAGGUAUUACCCCACUUCUAGUUUUGUUGAUGCUACUAUUGGUAAUUGCCCAAGUUUUUGUUGGAGAAGUAUUAUGGCAGCACAUCCAAUAGUGGUAGCUGGGAUAAGACGCAUGAUUGGAAAUGGGGAGACAACUCUUAUUUGGGGACACCCAUGGCUCAAGGAUAAUCCAAGUCCCUUGAUACAAACAAUUAUGCCUGAGGAGUUGAGAGAGGCACGGGUAACAGGUUUGAUUGACCCACAAACACAAACAUGGGAUCCACAUAUUUUAUCUGAUUUAUUUAUCCCAGAGGAUGUGAGCAGAAUAGUUAUGAUUCCUGUUAGCCCUGGGUAUGAUGACUCAUGGUACUGGAUGGGUGACCCAAAAGGUAUUUAUUCAGUAAAGAAUGCCUACAGGCGUAUUGUUGGGGAUUAUGAGAAUAACUCAGAUUCUUUUGCGGAAUGGUUAGCCGGGGCUAUGGCAAUUCUGACAGAGGAACAAACACAACUGUUGGUGGGUGUUCUGUACAAUAUUUGGAGAAGCCGCAAUUCGGCAGUGUGGGAAGGGGCCAUGACACGGCUGCAGGCCGUAGUGAAGGGGGCGGCAACCUUGUUGAAUGCUUAUGGUGCAGUACACGGCCGUGCGGCGAGAGAGGGAAUACGGACACAAUCCGAACCGGUGUUGCCCGGCAAUCACAUGCGAUGCUAUAUGGAUGCGGGAUUUCGGCAAGAAACCGGGGAGGCUACGUAUGAGAUUGUGUUAUUGGACCCCGAUGGCUCGUUUGUGGCAGCUAAGAAUGACAGAUCACCUUUUUGUUUCACACCACUCAUGGCGGAGGCAGUGGCUUUUAAAGAGGCACUGUCCUGGUUAGAAGAAAUGAGUAUAAAUUCAGCCGAGUUGCUCACGGAUUGUAUGGUUCUGCGAGCUGCUAUACAUCACCAAACUACGCCCGUUCACUCGUACGCUGGGUUAGUAAUUGAUCAGUGCAAGACAAUGAUGUCCUUAUUUAGUUCUGCUUCGUUAAGCUAUGUGUCUAGACAGUUUAAUUUACAUGCGCAUACUUUAGCUUCGUUAGCUUUUACACAGGAACAUUCUAUGUAUUGGGAGUCUAUCCCUCCUGAUGCUAUUAUAGCUUUCAUCAAUUGA